UGGCGGAGGCGGCCGGGGAUUACAGAAUUGAGCAGGAUGAGCGAGGGUUUCACGCGCCGCCGCCCCUCCUCGCCGCCGCCGGCGCCCUUGCCUGACAACGACGACCUCCUCCAGGAGAUCCUCCUCCGUCUCUCGACGUCGCCGUCCUCCCUCCCCCGCGCGUCCCUCGUCUGCAAGCGUUGGCGCCGACUCCUCUCCGACCCCGGAUUCCUCCGCCGCUUCCGCGUAUUCCACCACCGGGAGCCCCCGCUCCUCGGCUUAUUCACCUACUACUUCUUCCACGGCAACACCUACUUCACCCCGGCGCUGGACCCGCCGAAUCGCAUCCACUCUACGCGCUUCUCCCUGGCUCUGCCGCGGGGCUGGAUGCCCCACGAUUGCCGCCGCGGUCUCGUCCUCUUCUACAACCGGCCGCUCCAGGAGUUCAUCGUGUGGGACCCCGUCGCUAGAGACCAGCGCCACGUGGCCGUCCCACAUUCUUCGGCAAAAAAAAAGCCCGGGGUUAUUCACCGCGCCGGGCUGUUCUGCGACGACCAUCACGCCGGCCUGACGCCACUCGAAGCCUUCAAGGUGGUCUCGUUGUGGUUUGAUGACCCAUUUAUUGUUGCUGAACCUCAGGUGUCUGCCUCCCUCUACGAAUCCAAGACCGGUGUGUGGAGCAACAUCAUCUCAACAUCGAUCACAGCCAAGAUUAACGUGAAGCCAAGCAUCCUUGUUGGGAAUUCACUCUGCUGGUUACUUCGGAAUGGUAGCAUCCUUGAGUUUGAUUUGGAUAGGCAGAGUCUAGCUGUGAUCCAUUGCCCGGUGUACACACGCGAUAUCCCAUUCUUACGUGGUCAGAUCUUGCGGAUGGAGGAUGACAGGCUUGGCCUUGCCAUUUUGUUUGAUCGGAGACUGCAGCUAUGGGAGAGGAAGGCCGAUUCCAAUGGUGUUGCUAGAUGGAUGCUUCAGAAAAGACUUGAACUGGACAAGUUCCUUUCGGUGAGGUCACCAUUGCAUGAGUUGCCAGUGAUACAGGGGUAUGAUGAGGAUGGUCAUGUAAUGUUCAUUUCAGUAGAAACUGAAGUCUUCACGAUCCAACUCAGGUCAAUGCAGUUCAGUUGUCUCUUCAAAACAAUUCACUAUUCAGACUUGUCAUAUUUUCCCUUCAGAAGCUUUUAUACUGCAGGCAGGGACUUCGGCAGUGGAGGUGUUGGAGCUGAAACUUUAAACAACACAUGAGAUGCCUGUCCUCAGAUCUGCAAAAUUGUUGCUUUGGUUGAACAGUCGAAUGAUCUCUUGAAAUUCCUGGAGAAUGGCAGAGAUUCAAAUCUACCGAGCCUUAAGAAAAACAAGAUUCAGGUCUACGAAGCAACAAGAGUGAAACGUUGUUCCCUGUCCCUACUCUCGCACUCUAGUUCUCUAUUGUUCAUUGAAGUCUGUUAAAACUAGUGUGUACCUUUCUACUUCGAAACUGAAGACGAUUCCAAAUUCAUGCGUGCACAAUUAUAAUCUCGCAAAUGUAUGAGAACCACUGAAGCUGACCGUUUUAUUCUAAUGAUAUAACCCAGCUUAGAGUUGCA